AUGGGGCAGGCAGUGCAGCUCGCAGCCCCUUACAAGCUAUCUGGGGUCUUCUGCUCUUCAGAAGAGGUGGGCUCAAAGGAUGAACAAAGCACUUUCAGGGUUCAGAUCGUGCCCUUCCUCGAAACUCUGUGUCUAAACUUCUCAAUUAUGCAGAAGAUCUCGGGCCAAAUCCCUUUGGAGUUGCAUGACUACUCACACCUUUUUUUUUUGUCUCCUGGGUUUCAGGUGGCCCCUGAGACGAAAGCAGUCAUGAAGUGGUUGAGGUCUAUCCCAUUCGUGCUCUCUGCUAGCCUCCAUGGGGGUGAGCUGGUUGUGACCUAUCCUUAUGACUAUUCAAGGCAUCCUAUGGAAGAAAAAAUGUUCUCCCCUACACCUGAUGAGAAGAUGUUUAAAAUGCUGGCUAAAGCCUACGCAGAUGCACAUCCAGUCAUCUCGGACCGAUCUGAACUUCGUUGCGGUGGAAAUUUUGUAAAACGCGGAGGUAUUAUAAAUGGUGCUGAGUGGUACAGCUUCACUGGAGGUAUGGCAGAUUUUAAUUACCUUCACACAAAUUGUUUUGAAGUUACCGUGGAGGUAGGAUGUGAAAAAUUUCCUUUGGAGGAAGAACUGUUUACAAUCUGGCAUGAAAACAGAGAUGCCCUUCUGAAUUACAUGGAAAUGGUUCAUCGGGGGAUAAAAGGAAUUGUGUCUGAUAAGUUUGGCAACCCAAUAAAAAAUGCUCGUAUUUCAGUCAGGGGCAUCCAACAUGAUGUCACCACAGCUGCUGAUGGAGACUACUGGCGACUCCUGCCUCCGGGGACAUACAUAAUCAGCGCCCAAGCAGCAGGAUACAGCCGGGUGAUGAAGAGGGUCACCCUUCCUGCCAAGAUGAAACGGGCUGGGCGAGUCGACUUUGUAUUGCGACCUGUUGAGACUUGGCCCAACAAGCUCCUCCGCCGCUCAAUGGAAGACAUGUAUGACCCGUAUGACCCGCUGGAACUUUUUGAUCCUCAUGCCCAACACGGGCAGCCCGAGGCUCGAGGUGGGUCAUCACCGGGUAGGGAGAAGCCCUGGUGGUGGUCUUACUUCAGCUCCCUAGACCUGCACAAACCUCUGUGGCUGCUCAAGCAGCACUGA